AUGGAUGUUAAGAGUGCCUUUCUAAAUGGAAUUAUAGAAGAAGAAGUCUAUGUUCACCAACCUCCUGGUUUUGAAAGUGAAAAAUUUCCAGAACAUGUUUUUAAACUUAUGAAAUCUCUUUAUGGUUUAAAACAAGCUCCCAGAGCUUGGUAUGAGAGAUUAAGUAACUUUCUUCUGGAGAAAAAUUUUAUCAGAUGCAAAGUUGACACAACUCUCUUCUAUAAAACAUUUAAGAAAGAUCUGUUAAUUUGUCAAAUAUAUGUGGAUGAUAUUUUAUUUGGAUCUACAAAUGUUACGUUGGGAAAGGAGUUUGCUCAAUGUAUGCAGGCUGAAUUUGAGAUGAGCAUGAUGGGAGAAUUGAGGUUCUUUCUGGGAAUUCAAGUCAACCAGACUCCAGAUUGCACUUACAUUCAUCAGACCAAAUAUGUAAAAGAGCUUCUGAAGAAGUUCAACAUAACUGAUAGUAAGAUGACAAAGACUCCUAUGCAUCCAACAAGCACUCUUGGUAAGGAAGAGGUAAGUAAGAAAGUAGAUCAGAAACUCUACAGAGGUAUGAUAGGAUCUCUUCUCUACUUAACUGCUUCUAGACCUGACAUUUUAUUCAGUGUAUGCUUGUGUGCAAGAUUCCAAUCAGAUUCUAGAGAAUCACACUUAACAGCUGUUAAAAGGAUUCUAAUGAAUUUUGAAGUUUUGAUAACGAGAUUAAACCAUUUGAAAGAUUUAAAUUUGUCUUUCUGUAUUAAGGAAAUCGGUGAGUUAUAUGAGCUCGAUCAAGACUUAGAGAAUGCUAGAUCAUAUUUUGAGAGGGCUGCUAAACUUUUUGAUAUUCGUGGGGAUUCAACAACCUCAAUGAUCCAGUGCAAACAGAAAGUCGCACAAUUUUCUGCUCAACUUCAACAAUAUCAGAAGGCGAUUAAAAUUUAUGAAGAUAUUGCACAACAAUCUUUGAACAACAAUUUAUUGAAAUACGGAGUCAGAGGGUAUCUUCUUAAUUCUGGCCUUUGCGAGCUUUGUCGAGGGGAUAUUGUUGCAAUUACCAACGCGUUGAAGUGCUAUCAGGACUUGGAUCUAACAUUCUCUAAAACUCGCGAAUACAAAUUUUUGGCUGAUUUGGCUGCUUCAAUUGAUAACGAAGAUGUUGCAAAUUUUACUCGAGUAGUUAAGGAGUUUGAAAGCAUAACCCGCUUGGUAUAUCUCUAUAUCCUAAGACCCAAGUAA